GGGGGGGGGGGGGGCAUCGUUACAAGACUAUAGACUGACAUUGUUGUCUGUAUCAGUGUGGAGAUCUGUCUUAAUAAUAAGUAGGGUCAGGAGUUUUUCCUGAUCAUACGGCCCUGCCCAGGAAAACUUCCUGACCAUAAUGCUAAUGUUUACCUGUGGAGGCAGUUCACCACUUAUAUUUUUGUACUAUCAUAUUUAAAUAGUAUCGUAUUUAAACUAUUAUGUUUUGUUAGUAAGUUAUGUUAGGUUUGUGAUCAUGUUAUUGACUUAAUUAUGAAUUAUUGUUUUGUUUGAAAGAGUUUGGAAGUCAUUCUAUUCACACACACUCGCACACACCCCCAGACACACAGCUGUGUUCUUCUAUGCACUUCUAGCCUGUCAUGUUUAUGUUGCUGAUGUUACACUGGGGGAGCAGGAAUGAUGUUCUCUAUAUGUCAUCUAUACAUGACUCCAUUAACCCAGUUUAUACAUGGCUGGUCUUACAUCACCAAUGACUCCUGUGCCCUGUUUUAUUCUGAAGUACUUUGUGACAGAGCAAUUUUCAUGUUCACUACAGUGGCAAGCUUGUGCCGAUACAUAAUUGGUAGCAACCCGACUCUGUUUAUCCAGCAUGUUUAGGGUCAACGGCCACGUUGUUUGUCUGAUGUUGAUGACAUGGCUGCAGGUUCCCGUUACUGCGGCCUGCGGGUGUCCUGAGUCAGUGCCUGUUAAUAAUUAACCCAUGUUUGUUGGUCAGGGCUCUGCUCACAACCUUUAGUUACCUCUCUCUGCCUCCCAGCACCCUUUAUGUAAAGAUACCCUAUACAGUAACUUAAAGCUACACUCAGCAAUAUGACAUCAUUAUGCACUGCCGGUCAGAUUUCUGCUUACAGAAACAGCGGCAAUGCAAAUUAGGGAGAGACAAUAGUGGCAGUCUUGGUAAUUCUGUUGUUGUUUAUGUAUGUAUGUUAAGCAGGAAGUUUCCCCAAUAUGUGCGAUGAUAUCCUAUUGCUGAGUCUCCCUUUGAAGAGUCAGAUUUGAAAUACCUCCUGCUUCACAGUGUGUACCAGCGAGACAGGGGGGGCAUCUAACGAUUGCUGCAGGUGGGCAAAGUGUAGCUAAUUGUCUAUGCGUGACUACAUGGGUUUAACUUUGGUCAUCUGUGCCACAACAAUAUUAACCAGCUGAGCUAAAGCCUGGGCAUUAGCUAAAGCCUUGAAUAGCUACCAUAAGUCUUCAGUCGCCAAGGAAGCGUACUCAUCACAUGGACAUGGAGUCACCUCUAUGACACAUGAACUCCAAGAAGAGAAGCGAGAUGGUGAUUUAGGUUUACCCAGGGCAGCAGAAUGGAGAUAACGUUUUCUCAGCUUGUAAAGACCAUCUAUAAUUCAGCCUUUGAGGCUGUGCUUUUCCUGAAGAGGCUGGAUGGUGCCGGGAGUGAAUCAGUGACAGAACAGCAAAGAGUAAAGGGAAGAGAAGGAAGAAGAGAGGAAAGAGAGAGAGAGAGAGAUCUGUGUGCACGGAGUAGAGUUGUCAACUUAUUCUGGGAUACCUUUUGAGUGAAGUGGUCUAAAAACGUUUUGUCUACAGACGUGAAGCAGGAAGGACCCGUACAGAGGAUAUGUUUGGACUAACAGAGGAUCAAACCAGACCGAAUCUCUUCUCCUGCUUGUUAUUGUUGUGGUGAUUGCGUUUCUAGCUGCCAGCGAAUCACAGGGCUGCCCACACAGACACAAGUGACUGCUCUAGGAGAAAGUCCCUCAGCAUUCUCUGAGGAUUGGCAACCCUAGCUGGGAGUGACAGAAGAACAACGUGUAAAAGAGGAGAGGGUAGGAAAAUAGAGAGAGAGAUUGACAAAUCAUGGAGGUUAAGAGACGUCCGAUAAUUGCUGGCAAAGAGAAAGGGCCAGGCCCCGGUCUCUAUGCUCUACCUCCAACCAUUGGCUACAUCAACAAUGACCUCACCAAGCCCAGUAGCCCCGCCUGCACCUUCCACAGACGUAUGAGCAGCAACAUGGUAUCCGUGGAUUGCAGUCCAGGGCCCCAGUACCACAUCGAUACCAAGAUGACCCGGUUCGGCCGCGUCGCUGACCUCUUCCAGACUCCAGGUCCAGGUGCCUACAGCCCAGAGAAAGCUCAUCUCAGACCUCCCUCCUACACUAUUGGCUCUCGGUCACACUACCGUAUAAUGGAUUCUGUGCCCGCCCCUGACUGGUACAAAUGAAAGAGAGAGAGGGAGAGGGCGUAAAGAGUGACCCUAUAUCAUUCAUAUCAUUUUAAUCAUCCUCCCAGGUACACCCACCCUAACCUGCUGGGUUCCCAGGUGCCCCACAAGCCGUCUGUAAGGGGUGCGUAACUGGUGGCAGGGAAGUCAGACGCAGGAGAGCAGAACUGGAUAAUAACCGGAGUAGUUUAAUUAUCAAAACCAACGGCAUCCAGAAAUACAAAAUAUGGGUACAAAACUCGUCGCGCACCAGUCAAAAUGAGCACUUACAACAAACAAUUUCACACACAGACAUGGGGGGGAACAGAGGGUUAAAUACACGACAAGUAAUGAGGGAAAUGUAAACCAGGUGUGUGGGAAAACAAGACAAAACAAAUGGAAAAUGAAAGGUGGCUCGGCGAUGGCUAGAAGACCGGCGAUGUCGACCGCCAAACGCCGCCCGAACAAGGAGAGGAACCGACUUCGGCGGAAGUCGUGACACCGCCCAGUGCCAGCUACAGCUUAGCGGGGA